CGCCCUCCUCCCUCCCUACAUGCAGAUAUAUUAUAUAUGUAUAGGUAUAUAUAUAAAGAAUAGCCUCGUUCGCCCCAAAGUCUUUAUUCAACAAUUCUUCUCCUCUCUCUCAUAUCCACUAAAGAUUGAAUUUUUGCCUAAAGUUCUCUAAGAUCUUUAAGUCCGGCAAUUGUUUUGAACCAAUCUUUUGACGAAGAUGUCUCCUACCGUUGAUGUCAAUGGAACUGCCAGACAUCAUGAAUCCAAUGCGACGAUUUUUGAAAUUGGAGAUUCAGAUUUGUCAAGAUUGUUGGAAAGACCGAGGCCGGUCAACAUAGAGAGGAAGAGAUCGUUCGAUGAGAGAUCCUUUAGUGAACUGUCGAUCUCGUCUCCGCCCCGCCAAUUUUACAGAAAUAGCGAGAACUCAUCUCGUGUUUUUGAUAGUAUCCUUUCCCCAGCACGUUCCGGCAUAAGCACUCCAAGAUCAUUUACUUGUGUGGAGACGCAUCCAAUAGUGGCUGAGGCAUGGGUUGCCUUGCAGCGGUCAAUAGUUCACUUUCGUGGGCAACCUGUCGGGACUAUCGCUGCGUUGGAUCAUUCAACUGAAGAACUAAAUUAUGAUCAGGUCUUUGUCAGAGAUUUUGUUCCUAGUGCUCUAGCCUUCUUGAUGAACGGUGAACCUGAAAUCGUCAAGAAUUUUCUUCUCAAAACGUUGCGGCUUCAAUCAUGGGAGAAAAAAGUGGAUAAUUUCACUUUAGGGGCGGGGGUGAUGCCAGCGAGUUUCAAAGUACUUCAUGACCCUGUAAGAAACUUUGAAACAAUAAUUGCCGAUUUUGGGGAAUGUGCUAUUGGUCGAGUGGCUCCUGUUGAUUCAGGCUUUUGGUGGAUUAUUCUGCUGCGAGCAUAUACAAAGUCUACUGGUGACACUUCUUUGGCUGAAAUGCCGGAAUGCCAGAGGGGCAUUAGACUAAUCUUGACGUUAUGCCUGUCGGAAGGCUUUGAUACAUUCCCCACCCUGUUGUGCGCUGAUGGGUGUAGCAUGAUUGAUCGCAGAAUGGGUGUUUAUGGGUAUCCAAUAGAGAUACAGGCAUUAUUCUUUAUGGCCUUGAGGUGCGCUUUGCUUCUACUUAAGCAGGACGAGGAGGGCAAGGACUGUGCUGAUAGAAUAGUUAAACGUCUGCAUGCACUUAGUUUUCACAUGAGAAGUUACUUUUGGCUCGAUAUCAAACAGCUUAAUGACAUUUACCGUUACAAGACAGAGGAGUAUUCACACACUGCAGUGAACAAGUUCAACGUAAUGCCUGAUUCCCUCCCAGAUUGGGUGUUUGAUUUCAUGCCAACCCGUGGUGGUUAUUUCAUCGGGAAUGUGAGUCCUGCAAGAAUGGACUUCCGUUGGUUUUGCUUGGGAAACUGUGUUGCAAUCUUAUCAUCUUUGGCGACUCCCGAGCAAGCCUCAGCUAUAAUGGAUCUCAUUGAAUCACGUUGGGCGGAGUUGGUCGGAGAAAUGCCGUUGAAGAUUUGUUAUCCGGCCAUGGAAAGUCAUGAGUGGAGAAUAGUGACAGGCUGUGAUCCGAAGAACACUAGCUGGAGUUACCACAAUGGCGGUUCUUGGCCAGUCCUUAUAUGGCUACUGACGGCUGCGUGCAUCAAAUCCGGACGACCCCAGUUAGCAAGACGUGCCAUUGAGCUGGCUGAAACUCGUCUAUUGAAGGAUCAUUGGGCUGAAUACUAUGACGGAAAGCUUGGGCGUUACGUGGGGAAACAGUCCCGUAAGAACCAGACAUGGUCCAUUGCUGGUUAUUUGGUUGCUAAAAUGAUGCUGGAAGAUCCCUCUCAUUUGGGCAUGAUAUCGCUGGAGGAAGACAAACAGAUGAAACCACACAUGAAAAGAUCUGCCUCUUGGAUGUGUUGACAGCAUGUAUACUUGUAUUAAAAAUUGAAACUCGACAGAGUUUUGCUGCUAUACUUUUUUUUCUCUUGCAAAGAAUACGACGUUUUUGUAUGGAUUUUGAUUGUCACCGUUGAACUUUUUAAGAAAAGACAAUUUGGGAACAUUGGGGAUAGAGGCAAUAAACACAAUCUGAUUGUGGUUUUGUCAUUCAGAAAUUGUGAUAUUCAGGUGUUCUUAAGUUUUCUCUUGUAUUUCUGCCUUUAUAACAGAUAAGUGUGUCU